AUGCCCACAGACCCAUCCACAUCUGCGGAGGUUGGAGUGGGAGGCAGCAGCACGGCGUGUGCCCCCCAGACGGCCCCCAGCCCUACCAGCCCCUCUCCCCCUCAGGUCUUCGCCUUGAUCGUGUUCUCCUGCAUCUUCGGGGAGGGCUACAGCAACACCCAUGAGUCUAAGCAGAUGUACUGUGUGUUCAACCACAAUGAAGACGCCUGCCGCUACGGCACUGUCAUUGGGGUGCUGGCCUUCCUGGCCUCGGCCUUCUUCUUGGUGGUCGACGUGUAUUUCCCCCAGAUGAGCAACGCCACUGACCGCAAGUACCUGGUCAUUGGCGACCUGCUCUUCUCAGCUCUCUGGACCUUCCUGUGGUUUGUUGGUUUCUGCUUUCUCACCAAUCAGUGGGCAGCCACCAAGAUGGACGACGUGCUGGUGGGCGCCGACUCCGCCCGGGCAGCCAUCGCCUUCAGCUUCUUUUCCAUCUUCUCCUGGGGCGUGCUGGCCUCUCUGGCCUACCAGCGCUAUAAGGCCGGUGUGGACGACUUCAUCCAGAACUAUGUGGACCCCACUCCAGACCCCAGCACAGCCUACGCCUCCUACCCAGGUGCACCUGUGGACAACUACCAGCAGCCGCCCUUCACUCAGAACACGGAGGCCACUGAGGGCUACCAGCCGCCCCCUGUGUACUGAGUGGCGCUGGACUUUUCCCACAAGGCCUCCUGGGGCUGCCAUCCCCAUCCCCCAUCCUCCAUCCUCCCCCCAUGCAGUCCCUGCUGACACAUG